GCCUCCCCCAGCCCUCCCGUGGAGGCCAUGGCGGCUAUCCAGAACCUGCAGCUGUGGUGCAAGCAGCAGUGCGAGGGCUACCGCGAUGUCAGUAUCACCAACAUGACCACCUCCUUCCGCGACGGCCUCGCCUUCUGCGCCAUCCUCCACCGGCACCGGCCCGACCUCAUCAACUUCGACUCCCUCAGUAAAGAAAAUGUGUAUGAGAACAAUAAGUUGGCAUUUCGAGUGGCAGAGGAAGAGCUGGGGAUCCCAGCCUUGCUGGAGGCAGAAGAUAUGGUUGCUCUGAGGGUACCAGACAGGCUGAGCAUCCUCACCUAUGUUUCCCAGUAUUAUAACUACUUCCACGGACGGUCUCCUAUUGGAGGCAUGGCCGGAAUCAAACGUCCUUCCUCUGAUCCUCAGGAGCAGCCCCUUGGGAAGAAGGCUGUCUCAGAGCCUCCUAAGCCAGUGCCACCAAAACUGCCUCCUGCCCACCCACCAGCCAGAGCUAAGCCAAAAGAAACCUCCCCGGUCACCACGAAAGGAGUCCUGGCAGAGAGUGGCAAUAUCCCUAGCAGCAGCUGUGGGAUCUGUGGGAGCCAUGUGCACCUGGUGCAGCGCUACUUGGUUGAUGGGAAGCUCUAUCACCGGAACUGCUUCAGGUGCAGGCAGUGUUGGAAUGUGCUUCUUCCUGGAGGCUACAAGGCUGGGCCUGAGCCUGGUACAUUCAUCUGUACUAGCCACCAGCAACCAGAUAGUGUCCAGGGCUCUGGUCUCCGCAGCACUGGGAGCAAACCUGAGAGUACCCCAGCCCCUGCUGCUUCCAAGGUGUUCCAGAAAGCAGCAGAGCCCAAGAAAACAGAGCAGGUGUUGAAGAAACCCAGCCAGGAAGGCUUUGCCAAUUCAACCAUGCCAUCUGCUUCAUCUUCUGGAAGCUCAGGCUUCAAAAGUGUAAAUACUCCAUGGUCCUCUUCAGGUGUAAAUAAACCAAAUGACUGCAAAGGUACCACAUUGGGAAGUAAACCAGAGCCCCCUAAAGGUGCCCCAGCAGGGCCUCCAUGGACAAGCUCCACAACAAAAACACAGCAAGCCCGAGAAAACUUUUUUCGGUCAUUUGAGCCCUCCAGCAACAAAACCUCUGAGGCCAAAACCCAAGUCCCUGCUUCUCACUGCCCUGGUAACACUGCCUCUACCAGAACCACUGCUGAGGCCAGUCCAGUGAAUGCUGACAAGGCUCAGGCACGAAACCAUAUUAUACAGGCUCUGGCUGGAUCAAACACUUCUCCAAACAGGCCAGGAGGACUCAGUUCCACUGGCUCCUCAGCAUCCAGCAGUGGCAAGUUUGCCCCCACCAGUUCUCCACAGGAGAGUCCAGCUGCAAAAGCACAGUCCAGCAAAACAGGGUACACAGCACUUACACAGGAGAAGACUGCAGACCCUCCACCCAAGAGCCAGGCUGUCAACAAACCUGCUGACUCUGUGCACAAGCCAGAGUCAAAAGGCCUCAAAGGAAGCAUGAAUGUUGGUGAAGACAAGUCUGAGAGCCCAGCAGACUGGAGAUCUCGGUUGAAGCCUGUAGCCAACAAAGACCAAGGUGGCUCUAAGAAACCUACUGAUAACUCCCAAGUGGGAACAGGGAGCCCAGCACACAAGGAGACAAAGCCAAGUCCAUUAGCUGUCCCAUCAGCAAAGCAGGACUCUGGUAUGAAGGCUUCAUCUGGUGGAUUCAUGAAGAAGAGAUUGAUCCCCAGCUCAGAUCUUAUCAAGAGCUGUCAGAAUUCAGAGCAAAGUUGUGAAGACCCUGGAGGCUCUGCCAAGAAAGAGAAAGAGGGCAACCAGCUGAAGAAGAGCACUAUUACAUUUACACCCUCUGUUCCAAAAAGCAUCCAGAGGCCUGAGGCAGUGUCCCCAACGAAGCUGCACCCAGAUUACCUCCCUGAGGAGAAGAUCCAGGAGAAGGUGUGUGAUAUUGAGAAGAAGCUGGAUGAGCUGGAAUUGAAAGGAGUGGAUCUGGAGAAGAAGCUGCGUGGCUGUGAGGGAGAUGAAUCUGAGGAUGCCCUCAUGGUGGAGUGGUUCAAACUGAUCCAUGAGAAGCAGCUACUACUCAGACAGGAAUCAGAGCUGAUGUACAAAAUGAAACAGCAGAAGCUGGAGGAGCAGCAGUGGAACAUUGAGACAGAGCUGCGACGCCUCAUGAGCAAGCCAGAGGAACUGAAGACAGCCAGGGAGAAGGAGCGAGAGAAGCAGCUGCUGGACUCAUACCUGAACACGGUCAAUGAUCGCAACAGCAUCGUGGAGUGCCUGGAUGAGGACAGGAUCAGAGAGCAAGAGGAGGAUCAGAUGUUGGCAGACAUGAUCCAGAAGCUGGAUGGAUCUCUCGAGAACCAGGAGCCAGAGAAGAAGGAAAACAAGUUCUCCUUGUCCAAAAUAUGGAAGAAAAAAAAUAAGACUUAAAGCUCAGGAGUGAUGUUGCUUUGCCCAGUGGCCCAGAGUGGUCCAUGAAAGGUAUGUUCCUUCCAGGGUUCCUGCAGUACUGUGACAAGGCUUCUCAGCUUCUGGAGCCUGCAGAUCUGCGGACCAGAGGGACAGUGUGAAUCCCCUCUGGCUCUGGUAUGGGGCCCAAGGAUAAUUUUCCUAGAAGAUGGACUUUGAAGACUCUUUUUCUCAUUUUGGAUCUAGCUCAGAGCUGGCUUCAGCCUCUCUGGCAGCUCAAGAGGGCAGAGCUCUCUUUGCCCAUCCAUAGCUCAGGUCACUGCAGUCCUGAGCACGAUACUGCAUGGCACCCCAUGGUGCCCCAGCCCUGUCAGCCAGGGCUGCACCACAGACACACUGCUCUGCAAAAAGGCCAUUCUGCCUUUCCUCCUCCCUCCCUGCCUGUGCUGUGGCUCUUGGGCCAGCACCAGAGACACAGAGAGGGAGGUGCUGUAGGGCAAGAGCAAUUAAGGGUCUGUCCCUUAAUACACCAGUGCAAACUGGAGCUGCAGGCCCCACAGCUAGGGGCAGGCAGGGACAGAACCACCUCUGUAUCUAUGGGGUGGGAUGUCCUAGGCCCACAGCAGUCUCAGCAGUAGCACUCUGUUUGCAGACCUCCUUUUGGGAGUUGCUGUAGGCUAAUUGCUCAAAGCAAGGAGGGAUUGCCCACCACUUCAUUCCCUCUGUGGGGGAGAUUUGUAGCUUCCUUCUUUCUCUGACUGCACAGUGAAGCAGGGUCUGUGGCCCAUCCUGGUGAAAAAUGAACAGAAGUCUUCUUUAAACAACCUGGUGCUAUCUGGGAGCAGAAGGGAAUUAAAUGGGUUUACCUCACCCAUGACUCUUCUGCAUGGCUCCAGUAUUUCAGUUCCUGAGGCUCUGUCUCUGGGCAGCCAGCGCCCUCAAGGGGUGCUGUGGUUCCCCGUGGUGAGACCAGGAGAGUAUGAGCAGGUCCUGGGCUCUUGGCAGUGAGUCUUCCUACUCAUCCUUCAGUCCAAUGACUGCAGCCAGACCCCUGCCCAGUGUGGCAGCAUCCUCUUUCCAGGCAGCAUCCUCUCUUCCAAGGCAGCCUGAGGAGCAGAGAUGGAGACAGGCAGAGAAAGAUCAGCUUAAUUCAUGAUGCUUCUAGCCAUGCUAUGUGUGGACUUCCCUCCUCCUUCCAAGCCAGAUACUUUGGGGUUUCUGUGGGCCCUGUCUCCAGCAGGGCCUGGGGUUUUGCCCAGAGGGGGUUUGCUGCCCGCUGUGCCCGGUGGCAAAGCAGAGGCGAUGCGUCCCUUACCCACGAGGUGGCAGUGGGACUCUCUGUCCCAGGCAGCAUGCCCUGGGCAGCACAGGGGUGUGCUCUGUGAGGUACCAAGUGCUCCAGGGGGCUCCUGGUGCCCACAGUGUGUGGUGUGUGUGUACAUGUGGUGGGA